GCCAAAAACUGCCCCUUUCUCAUCUCAGCGCGUCAUCCUCGCCGAAGCAUUUCGUCGAGCGAGGGCCGCGCGCCGCCCAAAACCCCACAUCCCAAAUCAAAACCCUACGCUCCGCCGCCGCGCCAUGCUCCACUCCGGCCUCUCCAAGUCCCAGCCCCUACCGCUCCUCGCGGGAGCGUCUUCGCCUCGCCGCGCCCUCCUCGCCGGUCUCCUCCGCGCCGGGUACUUCUCUAAGUCCGCUACCUCCUCACCUGCGCUUCGUCCGUCCGCCACCCGUGCGAGCACCAGGGCGGCGACUACGCCGCGAGAUCCCUCGCGCUUCGGCCUGGUACAUAGGGUCUCGUUCUCCACUGCACCAGAUGGUUCUGAUUCGGUCGGCAGCGGCGGGAGGUCGCUCCCUUGGCUAGCCGCCGGGAGCGUCGAUAGCGGCGUCCCCACCGCAAGGACUAGCGCCGGACGCUCCUCCUCGUGGGAGAGCUCCGCUGAUAAGUUCUUCUCUAAAGGCGACCACAGUGCGCGAGUAGAGACAUUGGAAGAUAGCGUUUCAUACAAGGAGGGGGGAAUUGGAGGGGAGGAGAAUGAACCAAUUGACAAUCCCAAGUGGGGGCGGAUUAAGGAUAAGUUCCGGCGAAACGCGGCAACGGAUGAAGGGUCCCGUGACCGUGCUGAGAGGUUUGAAAAACCGGAUGUGAGGCGGUGGAACAAGCAAGAGGACCGUGGUGAGAGGUUUGACAAACCGGAUGUGAGGCGGUGGAGCAAGCAAGAGGACCGUGGUGAGAGGUUUGACAAGCCGGAUGUGAGGCGGUGGAACAAGCAAGAGGAUCGUGGUGAGAGGUUUAGAGGGGAGAGGUUCAACCAGCCAGAUGUAAGGCGGUGGAACAAGCAAGAGGACUGGGGCAGGAAGACAUGGAAGGAGGUGGGGGAAUCGACAGUGCCAAAGAUGGUUGGGGAGGGGGUUUAUGGCGUUGGGCCGGUACUUGCGGCUCUCACGGCUGGGAGGAGGGAGUUUUAUGCAUUGUACACACAGGAAGGAAUGGAUUUGAGUAGGAGCAACAAGAAGAAGAAGGACAAAAGGGGGAUUGAGAAGGUGCUGCUGAUGGCAGAAACUAUCGGGCUUAAAGUUAUUGAGGCGUCAAAGCAUGACCUCAACAUGGUGGUGGAUAACCGUCCACAUCAAGGUCUGGUGCUUGAUGCAUCACCCUUGGAAAUGGUGAAUACUAAGGAGUUGGAACGAGUCAGGGUUCAUGGUGGCAAGGCACCGGUCUGGAUAGCUUUGGAUGAGGUUAUGGACCCUCAGAAUUUGGGAGCCAUAAUUAGAUCAGCCUACUUCUUUGGUGCAGAGGGUGUUGUCUUGUGCGCUAAGAACUCUGCUCCAUUAAGUGGAGUAGUGAGCAAAGCUAGUGCAGGCUCGCUUGAGUUGAUUGAGCUGCUUUCGUGUAGGAACAUGAUGCAGUUUCUGUCUUCAUCAGCUGAAAAUGGGUGGCGAGUUCUUGGUGGUACCGUCGCUCCAAAAGCUAUACCUCUCUCUGAAGUUACCACAGGGGAGCCAACAAUUCUGGUGUUGGGCAGUGAAGGCACUGGUCUGAGGCCCCUGGUUGAACGGUCCUGCACACAUUUGGUCAAAAUUGCUGGUAAUGCUGAUGGAUUUGUUGUAGAAGAAGAAAUAGAUGCCACAGAUGCAGAUAUAGGGGAAGAAGGUGAUAAUUAUUCAGGUAGUCAAGAUAUGAAAUCAUUCCUUGCAGUAGAGAGCUUAAAUGUUAGUGUGGCAGCAGGAGUUUUGCUUUAUCAUCUGGCUGGAAAGAAUGUCCACCCUGUAACUGAGAAGCCUAGCAUCUCUCCUGUGUAAGGAUGUUCCAUGUUUCAUCCAUAACAUAGUUAUUAAUAUUUGUUUUCUUGUACUCCCAUUAAGGAUGAACUUUUGUUUC